UACGCUCCUAUCCCGAGGGGUUAAUUGGGGUCACUUCAAAUUCAGGAAGUUAACUGUCAAAAAUGGCCAGUGAUCAGGUGAGCCUGUAAUUUACGCCCUCGGCCGUGCAGAGGAUGGUUGCCAAUUAUAGCCUCGUUGGUGGAGCUCGCUAGCACCAGAGGUUUUAUAACAAACAUGAAGGCGACCCGCACCAAACACGGCUUACUUCGUGCCUGCGGCCUGUCCUGUUUCAUCUUCCUGCUGUGCACCGGAGUUGUGGCCGGGCGGGAACUGGCCUCUCAUCACCGCACGAUGAAGCGCAGCCGUCGGAGCCAUCAGAGCGCGAGGCACAAAGGAGCGCACCACCGGCCGCUGACGGACGAGCAGAAAGCGGACCAGAACCUGCAGUUCAUGUUGACUUUGUACCGGAGCGCAGCCGAACCGGACGGCAGGCCCAAACAGCACCGGAAGUUCGGCUCCAACACGGUGCGCCUGCUGAGGCCGUCGGCGUCGUCGGUGUACUACCUGCCGGCGUCCAGAGACCACCACUACAGCUUCACAGUGGAGUACAGCCUCGACACUCUUCCCUCGGAGCAGUUGAUCAAAGCCUCUUUCAUCCACCUCAACUCUUCAUCCUCUUCCUCCUCCACCCCAACCUCGAGCCCCACCCAGGCCCUCAAGUUGUCGCGCUGCAGGGCUCAGAUCAAGUCGCUGGGCAAAGAGAGCCUGGUCAAUCUCGAGCCCCAUGAGCGGUGGACGGAGACAGACAUCACCGCGCACGUCCAGCAGGGGAAGAGCUUUGGUCCGGGGGCCCACCUGACCCUCACCGCCCAGUACUGGUGCACAGAGCCUCGGCAUGACGAAGAGGACGGCAGCCUCUCGUGGGGGUGGGGGUUUCGUCCUCCAGGGAGAAAAAGAUGGAGAGGUGAACCUCUUGAAGUCCCAUCUCUCCUUUUGUACCUGGAGGAGGAAAGGGAAGUGAAGGACUGGAUGGGGGACUUGCUGGGGGCUGAAGGGGAAGACAUCAUGAGGCGAAUAGGGCAGUGGCAUCCUUCGGUACGCCGCCGCCGCUCCAAAGACCAUUCCUCUUCAGAGGCCAAAGACACUUCGCUGGAUGUUCUGAAAAACGCACCUGCUGCUUCCUCCUCCUCCUCCUCCUCCUCCUCCUCCUCUUCUUCUUUCUCCAUCUCCUCCUCUUCCUCCAUCAUCUCUGACAUCCCCAACUACAAACACAAAACCAGCAUGCCCAAGAACCGCUGCAAGCUCCACUCGUUUCGCCUCUCGUUCGACGAGCUCGGCUGGGGUCACUACUUCAUCGCUCCGCCGGUGUACAACCCGCGGUUCUGCCAGGGCAACUGCCCGAGGGUGCUGCCGUACGGCUUCCAUUCCCCCAACCACGCCAUCAUCCAGACGGUCAUCAACGACCUGGGUGUCGGGGACGUGCCCCCUCCGUCCUGCGUGCCUUACAAGUACAUGCCCAUGAGCGUGUUAGUUGUGCACAAGAAGAAGGUUGAGUACAGGGAGCUGGAGGACAUGGUGGCGGAGUCGUGCACGUGUCGCUAAAUACUCGAGCAGACUUGGAUAUGCUUAGCACUGAGAGACGAGACUAAAGGGGGCAGAUUCGAUGGGUCAUUUGUUUGAUCUACGGCUUGGCGGCCAACCAUAAUGAGCUCGAGACGGGAAGGAGGAAGUCUUUGUGGUUUCAGAUUUUCACCAUUCCUGUUAAAGCACUUU